AUGUUUAAAUAUACAAUCUAUUUAACAAUUGUAUUAUUAUUAUCAUUGAUUGUUUGUUGCUGCUACGGUUCUUUAUCAUCAUCAAUUAUCUACAACAAUAUUCAACCAAUUGUUGAAUCUACUACUAGUCAAUGUCAAAAUUGUCUUGUACAAUCAAACUCUGCAUCUUCUCAAAUCAAACAACUCUUGCAAUCUUUCACAUUUUCUAGUUGUUCUUCAUUAUGUAGUGAAAUAACAAUAACAAAUCAAGAUAUAUGUUUAAUAGUUUGUAAUGCAUUUGGUAUUACAACGUAUACUAGUAACUUUUUAAAAGAAGAUGAUGUCAUUUAUUUCUGUCAAGUCGCUCAACAAUGCCCAACCAACAAUGCUCCAAAUGCCUAUGUUCAGCAAGUUGUAUCAACACCCAAAUAUGCUACUCGUGGUCAAAAAGUAGAGGUCGAUGCAACCAUCUAUGUUCAAGACGCUCUUGGUAUUGGUCAAGUCCUUUUUAAUGUGACCGAUUCCAAUAGUAAUUCCAUCUUCACCUCUGCCUAUGUCCUAACAAACUAUGCAUCCUAUAGUCAAGUCACACUUGGUAUUCCAGUAGACACUACCUCUUUAAAAUCUGGUACUUCCUAUGAAACUACUGUCACUGUUUGUUCUGGUACUUGUGAUUCAAUCUAUCCUGGUUCAAAAUGGCUUGGUUCAUCAAAUGGUUAUUUUUAUCUUGAAUAG